UGGAUCUCGAUGGGGAUACAUUCGUUGGUCGACUAAUAUAUGCAUUUUUUUAGUAUGCUAUUUAUUCCUCUUAAGCCUGCAAGGAUUUCACGCUGAAAUGGAUUGGAGAAAUUGUGGCAAAUCGACCCAGUACUCACUUAUGCACGCCUCGCGCACCCAAAACUAUGUCCAUUUCGAUCAUGUUGAGUUAGAAUUUGACAAAAACGUCCCCCUUCAUGAGGAAUCUUUUUUCCACAAAGUCGCUACCGCUUUCUAUUUCUCCAAGAACCAUAAUUAUUCAUUCAAUAAAAAGUUCGGGUCCCGUCGGAGCUCUAAAUAUAUCAUAGAAAAUGACGUCGAAGUACCAAGCAACGGAAGCCUUAAAAGAUCGAUUCGAGCCUACAAAGAUAAUAGAUUAUUAGUGCGUACUCUGCCGGAUGAGAAUGGUGUGGGUAAGAAAAAGAGAUCCGUAAAAACGUUUCUCAGGAUCAAGGAAUUCAAUUUAACGUUUGGUAAUGGGCUCUCUGAAAUCGGAAAUUGGAACACUCAGACAAAUUAUGAAACUUACAAUAUAUACAAUGACCUGGAACUCAAAAUUGAAAUCAGGAAAAAAAUAGUUUGGGUUAUUACUAUUAAAGUUCCAUGCAUUCCCUUAGAUCCUUUUCCCGUGGGUUCAUGCACGUACCAAAUCUGUAAACUAUUGAAAGACUACGUUGAACCCUAUUGCCAUGCUUACAAAUCUUAUAAUUCCUCCUGGAAUGCCCAUAUACCGUGCAAUUGCCCUAUCCUCGGAGGCACUUAUGGUUUGAGGAACGUUGACAUUGAAAUUCCAUCGAAUUAUAUGUCUUAUAUAUCAGGUCAAUUUGAGAUAUUAGCUUACGUGUAUCAACGAGGCCAAGAACUAGGAUGUCUAGACUUAAAAAUUUCGAUAUAA